CUACUCCAUAUCAACCAAUCGCUGCUCCAAGACAGAGACACCAAGGAGGUGUACUUCCUGUGUUUCGGUAGAGAAGAAUGAGGCAGGAGAGAGUUUUGUACUGUAUUUUGCCAGGGGGGUCUACAAAGGAGAUCAUGUCGGCAGUAGAAGGAAGGGAAAAGAACUAAAGUAGUGGACAGACUUUAACUUGAUUUAUUAGAGAUCUCUGUGUUCAGCAGCAGCCACUGAGAGGACAACACAUAGAGAAGGAGGAGGGGAAAGAUAAGUGUCAAUCUGUUAGGACUUGUUUGGGAAUUUGAGGAAGGAGGGGAGAGACGGAGAGAAGGGCAGCAAAAGGGAAAAGCAAGGAGAGCUCAGGCGUAAACAUUAAGUGUUUCACAAGAGUUUAAGUAUUGAGAGAAAAAGGCAGUUUUCAUUUGUUUGAAAAUAAGGAGAACAUUUGUAAUGUCAACUAGACAACGUGAGGAAUGAAUUCCUGUGUGUUGUGCAAUCCCAUGGUUUUUGAGUUGAGCUGAACCCGAGGGGAGACUACGCAUCUCCCCAGGAUACAAUAUUCAGAUUCUCCAAAUUAUACAAUGGGAACCAAAAGGCCCAGCUGCACGCUCUCUGACACUUUAACUAAUAUCAACACAAUUGACCGCAAGCUUCAGCCAGGUGGAAAAAUCUCCCGGGAUCCAAGUCCUAGGCCAGCAAUGACUGCCCAGUCGGAGCGAGAGAGAGAGAGCAACAGAGAAGAAGAGAGGAGGAGGGAGCGAGAGAAAAUUAAGGACAAAUCAAGAUACAAAGAUAUGGACCCACGGGAUAGAUACUAUGAAAGAGACAGGGGUCCUCCAUCAAGGCCAAGAGAGGGCGAAAAAGAGUGGAUGGAAAGGAGGCAGGAAGAUGGAAGAAGCAAAAACGGGAGGCCGCUGUCAAGUGUAGAAAAGGAGACUUUGAGAGAACUAGAGAGGGGGAUGAAGAAAGGCGACACAUUUCCCAGGAUGAGAAAAAGCAGCGCAGAUCGUAGCAGAGGAAUGGCGCCCACCCCCGAGUUGGACAAACAGAGGGGGGAAAGAAGACAGAGAGAUAGGCCAAAAAGAGUAGAGCCAGAUGACUGGGAGAGAGAACGAGAGAUGGCACGGCAGAGAGAGAGGUACAGAGAGAGGGAAAGAGAUGAGGGCAGAAGCAGGGGAAAGGAAGAGGGAAAAAACACAAGAGGAAGACCUGUAGAAGAUGAGAAAUCCCGAAAGAGGGACAGAUAUCAGGAGUCUGAUGUUGUUUUUCGAGACAGGAGAAAAGAAGGGGGAGAUUCACGGGACAGAAGAGAGAAGCAUGAAGCUAUAAAAAGAGAAAAGCCAAAGCCUAACAUGGGAGACAGGGAGGCCAAGGCGCCUUCUCCACACAGAAGAAGAGACAUCGAUAACUACUCUGAUAGAAAAGAGAGGGAAAAGGCACAAAGGACAGAGAGUAGGAGGGACACCAGGAGUGAAGGAGACAGUGACGAGAGAGAGCUGAAGAGGGAAAUAGUUCGGGUCAAAGAGAGGCAGGAGUUGACAUAUCACCACAGCAGAAGUGAGGGGGACAACACGGGAAAAACAGAGAGGGAGAAAGAUCGAGAGACGCAAGGACACAGGGUAGAGGACAGGCAGAGAUACAGAGACGGGGACAGAGAAGCGGAUCGAUCCAGGAGGAAGGGAGGGGAGAAAGAUAGGGAGAGGUACAGAGAGGCUGACAGGAGAGCAGACAGGGAAGGAGACAGAUGGAAAGAAAGUGUGAGAGACUUUAAGGAUGACAGGAGAGAGGAAGACCGAUACAGACCACAUGAGCAGCGUAGAGGCAGGGAAACUAAGGAGAGAGAGGCCGAUCCGAGGAGGGAUGACACGACAGGCAGAAGAAGCCGAUCCCAGAACGAGACGAUCCCUCGGGUGCCCCCACGAGCCCAAAGCAGCGGGGAAUGGAGCAGCGACAUGAACAGUGAGAUGAGAUAUAGAAGAGGCAGAGACAGUUAUGAGGAGAGGGAAUCUGGCAGAGAGAGUACAGCUGAAAGUGACAGAGAAGAACAGAGAAAUCCAGCUGCUGAAAGAAGUCAAAGUGAGCAACAAAGAAGAGAGAGACAAGAGAGAGACAGAGAAGAGAUGACAGGGCAGAGAAGGGUGUGGGUAGAGCGACAGAGGGACAAGAAUAGUAAAGACGAAGUUGUAGACAGACAAAGGGGGAAAGAGAGGAGGAGAGAAGCCGAGAGGAGUAUGGAGUCACAGGCUGAGUGGGAAAGAGAGGGGCGGCGAGUAAAAGAGGAACCAGAUGAGAAAAACUUGGACCAAAGCAGUUGCAGAGGAAGACAUGAAGGCAGGAAUGAGAACAAGGGAGACAUAAAGAGGGAAACAGAGGGUGUUAGCGUAGAUGGAGAGGAGAUGAGUGAAGUCUGGAGAGAAGUAGAUAAGGGAGGGAGGGAACAUCUGUCUGACAGCGAUGGAGGGAUAGAGGGAAGACGGUGGAGGGAUGCAGAGGGAGAGAGUGUGACAGAUAACACAGAGGAGAGUGACAGAGAGGAAGAGGGUGGGAGCGAUUAUCGGGGCCGCUCCGAGAGCCAAGGAGGAAGUGAGAAAGGGUUGAGGGGAGAGAGAGACAGAAUGCUGUCAGGAGAGGAAGGCUUUGUGACCUUGUCCAGCGGUGGAGACGAGGAGGACGAAAGAGAGGAAGAAGAGGAAUUUAAAGACUGUCAAGAAUUCUUGGAAGGUGCAUAUGAUAGCCCCUCACAUGAUGCCAUCAAGGGGCAUGAGGGAGACGAGCACAGGGACAGGGCAAUGGGAAAGGAGGAGGCGUUUGAUGAAGAGAGGAGUGAGAAAAAUCCAAAGUACGUCUUCAAUGUGAUUGGGCAAACAUUGCCCAAGUCCAAAACCAGCAAGAUGUCACCGUCACAAGUUGAUGACAUGGGAGGAGUGGAAAGGGACAACCCGAAUAUAGAAAGUCAUUGCAGUGAUGACGCCGCACAGCAAUCUCAUCCAACUCAUAGAGAUUAUGAACAACCGAUCAACAACACCCAGGAUGCUGAGAGGAAGUGUGACGUGCCAAGGGAGGAAAGGCCUGCCACAGGAGACGCAACUGAAGUGGCUGUCAGAUUCAGAUCGUCAUCAUCAGCGCAUUACAGAGAGACUGGAGAAGAAACGAAGAGCAAAGUGGAGAACCCGUAUGCAGAAAUAGGCACAAUUAAGAGAGACUCACAGACUGAAAAACUCCUCAUAGAGUGGAGAGAGAAAAAUAAAGAAGGGGUGGAAGGGGACAGGGAGCAAGCUUUGCCAGUCCCCGGUAAUCCCUACGGUGAUGUUUGUUCUCAGGUGAAUUUUGAACAAAUUCAACCCAUCUUGGAAGGGCUUAACGCGGGAGCAAUGAGCCCAGAAGAGGUGGAGGCCAUUCGGAUCCGAAUGAGCGGGGCAUGGAGCAUGUCCGAGGAGCCCAAGCGACAUUCCCAAGCCCCCCAUCUUAAAUGGGCCAAAAAUGUGUUGUGGGAGAUUCUGGGACGCUCAGAGGAACAUACUGUGGAUGAAGCUAACGCAGAAGUACGAGGAAACCAAGGGGACGACCAGUUAGAGACGGCGAUCGAGAACGACAAACAUCCGGAGGAGGCUGCACAACGGUCUGCAGAGGUGCCCGUUGAUCGGUUGAGUACGGACGAACAGCACUCAGAGCUGGAGGAGGAAGAGCCGUUGGUAGGGGAGGAGUUGAGAGAUGAUGAAGAUGAUCGAAGCAAAAGCUGGGGAGAAGUAGAGCUGAGAACUGUUUUGGACACAAUCGACAGACGGAAAAGGAAUUCAAGAUUUUUCAAUGCUGCCCAGUUAUACCAGCAGUACAACGAGGCCGCCCAGAACUUUGAGAUCCUGCGUCAGGCCCGCUCCGAUGUCGUCUCUGUGUGCGAGGACACGUCCCAGUCUCCUGCUCCCUCACCCCCUCCUGCGCGCAGACCUCUUCCACCCCUACCUUCUGUCCCGCAUCCCCACUCCUUGGGUCACACGGGCUCCAUCACCAGUGUCAAAAGUUUGGCUCUUCCUGAGCCCCCCAAGAAUGAAGGCAGGCCUAUCUCCCCACGCCUAUCCAUCUCUCUUACACAGUUAGCCUCACUGUGGCGUGAGCUGCCGGGGGUGAGGAACAGUGUUGAGCUGGAAGAGCUCACAGAUGACCAGAGGCGACUACAGGAGGUGAGAUUUGAGGUGGUGACCUCAGAGGCCUCUUACUGCCGGAGUCUGGACAUUGUUGUUGAACAUUUUGUCAAGUCCAAACAGCUGGGGGCGCUGUUGGCUUCUCAGGAUAGGAACUGGCUGUUUUCCCGGCUUGCUGACGUUCGUGCCAUCAGCCACAGUUUUUUAUCAAAGCUGGAGGAACGUGUGGAUUCAGACAUUAUACAAUUCUCCGUGUGUGACAUCAUCGCUUGGCACUGUCAGCGCUUCAAAUUGGUUUAUGUGCCCUACCUCACCAACCAGUCCUAUCAGGACGCCACCUACCAGAGACUCAUGGAAGAGAAUGCAGGGUUCAGACGCAUUGUGGAGAAAUUAGAGAGAAGUCCUGUUUGCCAGAGGCUUCCUCUUCGUUCCUUCCUCGUCCUUCCCUUCCAGAGGAUCACAAGAAUUAAGCUGCUGGUCCAGAACAUUGUGAAGAGAACCACUCCUGGUACUGCAGAGGCGACUCAGGCUAUCAAAUCUUUGAAACUUCUGGAGAAGCUGAUUCAAGAGAGUAACGACAGCAUCACUCAGAUGAAAAGCAUCGAGUCGCUGGUCUCUCUCAGUUCUAAAGUGGGCUUUGAGUGCAGGACUCUUCCUCUGAUCAGUCAGUCUCGGAGGAUGGUGCGGGAAGGGCUGGUCACUGAACUGAUGGAUUUCUCUCUAAAGGAUACAGAGAGGAAUAUUUAUUUGCACCUAUUCAACGACUAUUUGCUACUUUCACUACAAAAAGAAGGGGGAAGGUUCACAGUAAUAGACCACUCUCCUGUGUCUGACUUGCGUGCUGAGAACUGUCGUGUCAAACUUCACACCCUUCAGAAGAACCUGUUCCGGCUGCACAUGACAAACAGAGCCCUUCUGCUACGGACUGACAAAGAGAGUGAUAAACUACGUUGGAUAUCCGCUCUUUCCCGGCCUCAUCCUGAAAUUGAUUUUUCGGCUGCACAAGAUUUUACACAGAUGCAGUGUAUCCGAUCUAUUGUCGCACAGCAGCCUGAUGAAGCUGUCGUUGGAAAAAGCUGAUAUCAUUCUAGUGCACCAACAAAGCAGUGACCAUUGGGUAGAGGGGACAAGACUGUCUGAUCGGCAUCGUGGAUGGGUGCCUGAGUCACAUUUGGAAACCAUAACCAACUCUAAAGUUCGGCAACGCAACCUGUCAGAUGCAAUCAAACUGACUACGGCCACAGCUGCUGUUUGACCGGGACGCUCAGACUAAACAAGGAGAUGUCCUGGAUGCAAUGUAAAGGGGAAGACUCAAAGUCGUCUGCUUCAAACUGCUGGAAAUCGGACUAUGGACAUUUAAUGCUCCUAGUGGGGAUUUCUAUAAUGGUAUUGUUCACAAUAGCGCAGCAACUGAAAUGCUGUAGGAUGCAUCUCAAUGUAGCUUUGGAUCCCACUUGUUUCACUCAGCGGAACAAAUUAUAGCCGUUAGAGCAAUGUGUGAACUGCUGAGGCCUGCCUGAAAGACAUUAAGCACAUUGUAACUGUUAACUGUUAUCUACAGUACAUUAUACAAAUUGUGUGUGCUGGAAUACAUCAAUAGACAGUUUUUUUUUGAGAAAUCAAAUGUUUUUAAAGGGAAAUCACCUUUUUCCAAGAAAUGCUGUGUUUGGAAAAUGUAUUAUUUGUGUAUAUUGAAGAGAAUCUAACAGUUGAUUGUAUGGUGCAUGUCUAAUGAAAUGUUGGCCUCUGCAUUUAGGAGAGCUGACAGAAAUCAUGCAAAAAUGUACAAGACAAUUUAAAGAUGUACAGAGCUAACAUGGUGAGGACAUUUCAAUUCAUUCAGAUUGGUGUAAUAAAAUCACUUUUGAACAUUCGU